AUGUACUUAUCAAAAUGUCCUCACCAUGGUUUCACAAAUGAGAAUUUGCUCAGCACAUUCUAUAGAGGACUCCUGCCCAACCAUAGAAGCAGGCUUGAUACAGCUAGCAAUGGAUCCUACUUGGGGAGAACUGAAGAAGAUGCAUUGGAGCUGGUGGAGAAUAUGGCAAAGAGUGAUUUGGUGUACAAUGAUGAUUUUGAUAGGCAUAACCGUGGUGGAGGCGGUGAUGACCAUUUCACUAGGAAAGACAUCAAAUCCCUACAAGACAAAAUCGAUCUUCUCCUCAACGAAAGAACUACUCACUCACAAAUAAAUUAUGUUGGUGAACAAGCCCAAGGAGAACCAGGAUUUAUCAAUGAAGUUGAAGGUUUGGAAAGACAACAAGACGUGUCUUACAUCAAUGCUAAUGGUACUUGGUUCAAGAAAGAACCAACCUACCAAUACCAACAAAGAGAACAAGGAAGCUACCAAUACCAACCUAAAGAUCAAGCUCCAUACCAAUACCAACAAAGGGGCCAAGGAAACUUCCAAAACAAACCUCAAUACCAAGGCAACUACCAGCAAAAACCAGUUUACAAUAAUCAACAAGGAGGUUAUCAAGGCAAUACAAACUUCCCACCGGGCUUUACCAACAAAGGGAAUCAGUCUACACAAGCCCAAGCUGGAUCUUCUACUUCUGCCGCACAAGAAACUAGCACUGAGACUAUGUUGAGACAGAUCUUGGAAUCUCAAACUAGAAGUGAGAAGCACAUUGGGUAUGAGCUGAAGAAUAUCCAGAACAGGAUUGAUGGAAACUACAAUGAUCUCAACAGCAAGUUCAAGGGUUUGGAAAAUCAGUUUGCCUCCAUGAGUUCAAGUCAAAAUCGCCAACAAGGUUCACUUCCUGGAAAGGCUGAGCAAAACCCCAAAGAAACAAUGAAAGCAAUCACACUUAGGAGUGGUAGAGAGCUGCCUCCUACAGUUCUCAUUAAGGAUAAUGAGAAGCAAGGUGGGGAGGUUGUCAUCAAUGUAGAUGAUGAUGUGGUCAUUAUUGAUGAAAAGAUUAAUGAAGAGAUCUUGGAGAAGAUAGUUGAUGCGAAGGGAAAUAGAAAGAUUGGAGAAGAAAAGAAAGUUGUGAGCAAGAAUGAAGCUGCCACUUCAUCAAAGGAAGCUUCAGUCACUCCUCCAUAUGAGCACAAGCUUCCUUUUCCUGGAAGAUUCAAGAGACAGCUUUUGGAGAAGUACAAAGCAUUGUUUGAGAAGCAGAUGAGAGAGGUUCAUGUUACUAUGCCUAUUAUUGAUGCUUUCAUGUUGGUUCCUCAGUACAGUAAAUUCUUGAAAGAUGUUGUGGCACAGAAGAAGAAAGAAAUGGAAGGGAUGGUGGUGCUUACUCAUGAGUGCAGUGCCAUAAUUCAGAGAUUGACAGUCCCAAGGAAGCUACAAGACCCGGGCAGCUUCACUUUGCCAUGUGCUAUUGGACCUUUGACAUUUGAGAGGUGUCUAUGUCACCUAGGAGCAAGUGUUAGCCUCAUGCCUUUGUCUAUUGCCAAGAAGCUUGGGUUUACUCAGUACAAGAAGUGUAGGAUCUCUGUAGUGUUGGCUGACCGCUCUGUAAAGCUCCCCAUUGGCAUCUUGGAAGGUCUCCCUGUGAUGAUUGGGAACUGUGAGAUCCCUACUGAUUUUGUGGUGCUAGAGAUGGAUGAAGAGCCUAGAGAUCCUUUGAUCUUUCGAAGACCUUUCCUUGCAACUGCUGGAGCUAUGGUGAAUGUAAGAGAUGGCAAGAUUUAUCUCCAUCUUGGGAAAGGAAACACUUUUCACUUUGACAUCAAGGAGGUAAUGAAGAAACCCACCAUUGAAGGGCAGAUGUUCUACAUCGAUGAGAUGGAAGCCCUUGCUGAUGAGUACCUAGAAGAGUUGGCACUGGAUGACUCCCUACAGCAUGCUCUCACCAUAAACAAAGAAGCUCAGCUCAUUAAAGAUGGAGUGAGCUUGGAGUAUGAGAAACUUCUCAGUUUCCGUGAAGAGUUAGUGGAUGAAGGCAGGUUCCUGGAACUGCCACAAACGAAUCAACAUGUCGCCUCGGUCGCUGUCCAAACCGAAUCUCAAGAAGAAGAUUGGAGUGAACUCAAGGCUCCCAAGGUCGACCUCAAGCCACUCCCCAAGGGGCUCAGGUAUGCUUUUCUUGGACCCAAUAACACAUAUCCUGUCAUAGUGAGUAGUGAACUCGAUGAAAUUGAAUUGCAUGCACUCUUGAAAGAACUUAGAAAAUACAUAAAGGCAAUAGGGUACUCAUUGGAUGAUAUUAAAGGGAUAUCACCCUCAUUGUGCACACAUAGGAUACAUCUUGAAAAUGUAUCAAUGAGUUCUAUAGAGCAUCAAAGCAGGUUGAACCCCAACCUGAAAGAAGUUAUUAAGAAAGAAAUUAUCAAACUUUUAGAUGCUGAUGUUAUAUAUCCUAUCUCAGAUAGUAAUUGGGUAUCACCUGUGCAUGUAGUCCCAAAGAAAGGUGGUAUUACUGUGGUUAGAAAUGAAAAUGAUGAAUUGAUACCCACUAGAACUGUAAUAGGGCAUAGGAUGUGUAUUGAUUAUAGAAAACUUAACUCAACCUCUAGGAAGGAUCACUUUCCAUUGCCAUUCAUUGAACAAAUGCUUGAGAGGCUUGCAAAACAUCCAUAUUAUUGCUUUCUUGAUGGGUAUUCAGGGUUCUUCCAAAUACCAAUACAUCCCAAUGAGCAAGAGAAGACAACUUUCACAUGCCCCUACGGUACCUUUGCCUAUCGAAGGAUGCCAUUUGGGUUAUGUAAUGCUCCAGCAACCUUUCAAAGGUGCAUGAUAUCUAUCUUCUCAGAUCUCAUUGAGGAUGUAGUGGAGGUAUAUGAUUUUUCUGUAUACGGUUCUUCGUUUGCUACUUGUUUGUCAAAUUUGUGCAGGGUCCUACAGAGAUGUGAAGAUACCAACCUUGUGCUGAAUUGGGAGAAGUGCCACUUCAUGGUUAAAGAAGGGAUUGUGCUUGGGCACAAGAUUUCAGAGAGAGGCAUUGAAGUGGACCAAGCCAAGAUCGAGGUGAUGGCGAGGUUGGCUCCACCAAAAACAGUGAAAGACAUUAGAAGCUUCCUUGGCCAUGCUGGUUUCUACAGAAGGUUCAUCAAAGACUUCUCCAAAAUAGCUAGACCAUUGACCAAGCUGCUGUGCAAGGAGAUCAUCUUCAACUUUGAUGAAGACUGCCUAGAAGCCUUUAAGAAGCUGAAGGAGGAGCUCACCAGUGCUCCAAUAGUUCAACCACCAGAUUGGAGUCUACCCUUCGAAAUCAUGUGCGACGCCAGUGACUAUGCUGUGGGGGCAGUCUUGGGGUAA